AUGGGAGUUGAGCUUUGUUCAGAUAACUCUAGCAUGGGUGUGAGCCCAAGGAUUUCAUUCUCUUAUGAUCUUUGCCAAUCUGAUGUUGCAGCUGUGGAACAACAACAGCACCACCAUCCUCCUCUCAGAUUCAAUUCAUCAUCAUCCUCAUCAAGAAGCAUGAAUUCAAGCAUGGAGUUUGAUUUCUGCGUCGUCCACGAGAGCUUCGAGCAGGAGUCUUCCUCUGCAGAUGAGCUUUUCUCUGAUGGGAAAAUGAUUCCAAGUGAGAUCAAGAAAAAGUCUGCUCACCCAAAACAGCUGGAUCAAAAUAUUGUGCCUGAUCAACAUCCUCCACUACCAACAGCAGCAGCAGCUGAUCCAAGUGACGAAAACACAAGUAGGGCGAAAGAGAGCGGUAAAGAAAGCAAGAACAUGAGCUGCAAUGAAGCUGAUGAGAAGCAGAGUUCCAAGUCUUUUUGGGGGUUCAAGAGAAGCAGCAGUUGUGGUAGUGGUUAUGGCAGAAGCUUAUGUCCUUUGCCACUUUUAUCAAGAAGCAAUUCAACUGGUUCUUCAUCAUCAUCAAGUGUAAAGAGAUCAGUAUUUUCCAAAGAGGGUCAAAAUCAGAAGCAGACUUCACAGCAGAAGUCUGCAUCCAAGAAACUCCACUCCUCAUCACAAUCUUCUUCAACUGCAAUGAAUUAUCAAAAGCCUCCAUUGAAGAAGGGCCAAUAUGGAUCAUAUGGCAAUGCUGCUCCAUUUAAUCCUGUGUUAAAUGUUCCUACAGCUAACCUAUUUGGUUUUGGAUUAAUCUUUUCAAAUGGAAAAGAUAAGACCAACAAGAAGAAGUGA